AAAAGUGACUUCUAAAUUCUAAAAUGAACACGCAAAGGGCAAAGACCACGACUGCCAUACCACUGGAGACCCGCAGAAGACUCCAGAGUGCAUCCACAACCCCAGCAAAGGCAGAGACAAAGUCAGGCCCAAAAUCAACUGCACUUGUCGCCGUGCCGCAGCUUAGAAUGCGUUCGAAGAGUGAUUUAGCAGCCCUACCCAAUCCGUAUGCUGUGAGCAGCCGCAUCUAUCGACCCUCCCGUUCCACCAUCUUCGACUACAACCUGUCGCCGGUGGAGCAGCAGCACUUCCGCAACUGCAGCGAUCCCAUGAAGUCGGUGCCGGCAGCGGAGUUGGAGCUGCUGCGCAGUGGUCAGCGAUCCACCUACUUGGAGCGCCGCUACGAGCACAGUCCCGACGAUAAGUACAACUAUCCGGAGGCGACCAGCUGGCGCUACGGUUGGUUCCACUGCCAGUCUGAUCCCCGCCAGAAAAGGCACCCCAGAAAGGACUAAAGUGCUUGAAAUAUUCGCC